AUGUUCCUAGCGCAAGAUAAACUUCGAGGCAAGCGUAUCGUCGUAUUAGGGGGCACAAGUGGUAUAGGCUUUGCGGUGGCCAGGCUCGUUCUCUAUGCCGGUGCCUCGGUGAUAGUCUCAUCGUCAAAUCAGGGAAGAGUUGACGCGGCAGUGAAGCGACUCCUUGACCUUGGCACUGGCCAGCCGGUGGAAGGGCGGGUUUGCGACAUCAAGAGCGGUGAAAACGCUGUGAAGGCGUUCUUCGAAGCGCUCCCCGAGUUUGAUCAUCUAGUGUACACGGCCGGAGACAGCGGCAUUCCCCUUGGCUAUCCCGACGUUGAUCUGACCAACAUCAGUGAUGCAUUCGCGGUGCGUACUAUGGGGCCCAUAUACGCGGGAAAGUACGCGCCUGCCCGUAUGCCGAAGACCGCCAGCUCUUCGAUCACGUUCACGAGCGGCGUUGCCUCUCGCAAGCCGCCCAAAGGAUGGGCGCUCCCCGCCGCCAUCAUCGGUGCGACUGAGCGAUUCACCAAGGGCUUGGCGGUUCAGGUUGCGCCCAUCAGAGCGAAUAUAGUCAGCCCAGGCUUGGUCAUUACGGAGCUGCUGGACAAGCAACCGGCGGAGCAGAUGAAUGCCAUAAUCGCACAUCAAACGAAGGCACUCCCGGUGCAGCAUGUUGCCGAUGCUGAUGAGCGGUGUGCAUAUGUGACUGGAGAACUACUCAAUGUGGAUGGCGGAGCUGUUCUCGUGUGA